AUGUACAACGCAAUGUCACUCGCUUCAUUCGGAUAUCCAAAAUCGAGGAAGGACUUCGACCCCGAAGCGACAUACGUCCGCUCACAAUUCCUCUCGCCAAAGACCUUUGCCUACGCACGAGCUAUCAUCGCUCUCUACUGCUGGAUGACCAUCAUCGUCGCCUACUCCUGGCUAGCAUACGAACAGGCGCACAACCAACUCCGCGAUGUCAACAUUCCUCCCUAUACUCAAAUCCUCGAUCGAGGAUUCAUCGCCAAGUCCUUCAGUUUCUUCACGUUCAUUGAAUUCUGGUCACAAGCUUUCUACUUCAUGGUCUCCUCCUGGCACACUUUCACCUAUGCCAGAAGAGCUCCAACAGGCAAAAGCCACCUUCACGAUGACUUGCCCCGGUUGCUCCAAUUCGCUCACUCUCUCUGGCACACCACAAUUAUCACCUACCCGUUCCUGGUCAGUAUCGUCUACUGGAGCAGCAUGUACGCUCCUCCCUGGUCAAGCACGAAGGCCUUCACGCGAUGGAUCAAUAUCUCAGUCCACGGUCUCAACGGUAUUUUCGCAAUACUCGAGAUCAUCUGCAGUGCUGUAAAGCCGCCUCCUUUCGUCCCGCAUCUGUCGGUAGUAUUACUGGGACUCUCCUUAUACUUGGGACUCGCAUACGUUACGAAAGUGGACCAGGGAUUCUAUGUCUAUGAGUGGAUGGACCCGAAAUGGGAAUGGAGAAGCAUUAUGGGUCAUAUUCUGGCAUACGCGGGAGGCAUGGUGGUCAUCUAUUGUGUGGUGUGGGCUGGCAUUUGGGUGCGUGAGAGGCUGCUGAGAGGUCGUGCGAGCAAGCGCGUGGUGUCGAAUGCUACAUCGGGUACCCAGACCGAAGGGGAUGGAGUCUAA